CAUCUUCCUGCAUGUAACUGAGUUUUUGCGACGCCCAUAAAAGCGAGAUUUACUAGAACGAGCUCUCCUUUAUUAUAACCAGUUGGCCCGUAUUGGAUUCUAGGAAUAUAGCUCGACUGUACAGACUGAUUUAAGAUCUACCUCCCCAGCUCUCGAAGCCAUUACACCCAUCAUGGUUCGCAGACAAGAAUUUACACCAGGGAUGGGUGAAUAUUCCUCAGAGUACUCCUUAGAGCACUCCGCGCAACCUACUCCCUCGAUGGCGGAGGAUGCGGCUUUGGAAAUACAUGCUUUACCAUCGCACGACGGUUUGAUAGUUCGAGUGCAGCCGCCGAACAAGCCAAUGGAUAGUAAACUCCAACAUAUCCCCUGUGAUAUUGUACUAGUCAUAGAUAUUUCUGGGAGUAUGCAAGCGCCGGCUCCUGCAAAGAUGGUUGGAGACGACGGGCAGCCAAGUUCUGAGCAUUUUGGCUUGUCAAUCCUUGACAUGGUAAAGCAUGCCGCACGUACGAUCCUGAGCACGCUGGAUGAGAACGACAGACUUGGUAUUGUGACGUUCAGCAGAGAAGCACGGGUGGUCCAGAAACUGUUGUCGAUGACGCCUAAGAAUAAAAAGUUAACGCACAAGAACAUCGAGGCAAUGAGGGCUGAUAGUGUAACAAAUCUCUGGCACGGAAUCCGGGAAGGAGUCAAUCUAUUUGACGGAGAGCAGAAUACAGGGCGUGUGCCCGCAGUCAUGAUAUUGACAGAUGGGUUGCCGAAUUACAUGUGUCCCGGCCAAGGUUACGUCCAUAAGAUACGCAGUACCUGGGAAGCUCUCCCGGCAACUCUUCAUACAUUCGGGUUUGGUUACGAGAUAAGGUCGGGACUUCUGAAGUCUAUUGGAGAGAUUGGUGGCGGCAACUAUUCUUUCAUUCCUGACGCCGGCAUGAUAGGGACCGUUUUCGUCCAUGCAGUCGCUCAUCUUCAGACGACGUACGCAACGGGAUGUACGCUUGAACUCACCAGCCCUAAAGGCACUCGCUUGAGAACGACAGCGGGCCAAGUCAUUGACAGACAGGAGCAAGAGGAAGCAGACUUCAAUAGACUUGUCAUAAAGCUAGGAAACUUACAAUACGGCCAGUCUCGAGAUAUAUAUCUAGAGAGCGUCGACAGCCAGGGUUGCAGGACCAAGUUCGGCUCCUCCGUGAAAGAAGCUAAUAUCACAGGAGAGCUUAGAUACUCGCGGAUGAGAGUCGCAGAAUUCUGUGUCCUAGCCUACGGCGCUACGAGUAACUCACACGUCCUCUCCUCGCCUCAAAUUGCGUACCACCAAAGCCGAUCAAUGAUAUGCGAAUUCCUUUCAUCCUUAUUCCCACUUCAGAGUGAUGGCGAAUACGAGACUCGCAAGGAGAUCAAUCCACAGCGCCACCAGAUAGUGUUCCAACGGCUGUUAGAUAACAUCCCUGCCAGACUCUUUGACGACGAAUACAACAGAUCUCUAAUGGCAGAUCUCGUGGGUAACCUCCCAUCCGGUCAAGUAAAUUUAGCUCUAUCCAGCCAAGAAUAUUUCAGUCGAUGGGGAUGCCACUACUUCUUUAGUCUGUGGAAUGCGCACGCGAAGCAGCUGUGCAACUCCUUUAAGGAUCCCGGCCCCUUGAUGUAUAACCAGAACUCGUUCUUCACUAAAUGUAGGGAUGCUCUUGAUAAAGCCUUCGAUACCAUACCACCGCCAACACAGUCCUGUCCCAGGGUUGCCACCACUGGACACCUGGAUAUGUCACGGCUCAACUCGAGUUCCGCACCUUGCUUCACAGGUUCGAGCAAAGUUACGCUGGCUAGCGGUCGAAAGGUACCCGUUCGUAGCCUACGUAAAGGCUCACAUGUACGCACGCCCGUUGGAAGCAGACGCGUUGCAGCUGUAGUGAAGACGUUCGUCUAUAGGACCGCCAUGUGCAGAAUUGCCGACCUUGUCAUCACGCCUUGGCACCCGAUCCGGAUAGAUAAUUUGACCGCUGAAUGGAUGUUCCCCGCGAAUUUCUUGCUUGGGUUAGAACACGCCCAGGUCGUCAUUUACUCCGGAGCCAUUUACUCUGUACUCUUGCAGCCGGACUGCGACGCCGCAGCCCAUGCCUUGGACAUUGGAGGCAUUUGGGUGGUAGCGCUCGGUCACGGAGUGGUACGUGGAGACGAUGUCCGCGCCCAUCAGUUCCUGGGAGAUUAUGGAAAGGUAGUGAGAUCCAUUUCGACAUUAGCACAGGGAACAGACGGAGUUGUGCUGUCCGGUGGGGUGGAGAGACGGGAUAGCGACGGAUCGGUCUGCGGUUUCAAAAAAUAUGUGCUAUAA